AUGGCCUCCAGCCUCACCUGUGCUGGCAUCGUCUGGGCCUUCCUCUCCUUCCUCUGCGCUGCUGCCUCUUGCGUUGGGUUCUUCAUGCCCUACUGGCUCUUGGGGUCUCAGCUGGAGAAGUCUGUUUCCUUCGGCACUUUCCGGAGGUGUUCCUACCCGGUGCGGGAUGAGAGCCGCCAGAUGACCGUGAUGGUGGAGCAGUGUGGCCGCUAUGCCUCCUUCCAGGCCAUCCCGAGCGCCGAGUGGAGGAUCUGCACGGUGGUGACGGGCCUGGGCUGUGGGCUGCUUCUCUUGGUAGCCCUGACAGCGCUCAUGGGAUGCUGUGUGUCCGAGCUCAUCUCCAGGACUGUGGGCAGGGUGGCAGGAGGCAUCCAGUUCCUGGGGGGUUUGUUGAUCGGCUCUGGUUGUGCCCUCUAUCCUCUUGGCUGGGACAGUGAAGAAGUCAGACAAACCUGUGGUAACAUUUCCAACCAGUUUGAAUUGGGGACCUGCCACAUCGGCUGGGCCUACUACUGCACGGGCGGCGGCGCGGCGGCCGCCAUGCUGCUCUGCACUUGGCUCGCCUGCUUCUCGGGCAAGAAGCAGAAGCAAUACCCCUACUGAGGCAGCCUGGGCACGGGCCCUGCCAGGCUCACCCGGGUCUACUGGACAGCAGUGACGGACAAGGAAUUUUCAAGUGCUUUUUCUCAGGAGCGGGACGGUGACGGCCCCAGGGUGGCAGGGAGGUGAAGGGCAGUGCGAAGCCACCCGUCCGGGCUGGGCAGGGACAGGCUCUCUCACCCGAGCCUGCUCAGGGUCUGCUCCACACAAAUAUAAGCAAGGAAAACUCUGCUUUGGCAAAUGGUGAAAUCCUGCAUGCACCAAUUACUGAACAGGCUGGUGAGGGGUGGUGGCAGCGCCCACGUGCUGGGGUAGCGCCUGGCAGCCCCUCAGUGCGGCGCUCCCAAAAGCACACACGCACGCACGCACAGAUGUUGACCAUGGCACAAAAUAAGUAGCGAGGAAACUUUUUUUUUUGGUGCGAUUCUUCUUUUCCUUUCUAUUUUCUUUUUUUUUUUUUUUUUUUACUUCUCUCUGGUGGUUUAAGACUUGGUGUUGCAACACUUUUUUAAUCUAUACAUUAAAUUUAAUAAAAGGACCAAUAAGCCACUUUAUCAGUAUUUUGUAUAAUCUCUAUACAUUUUUCUUCCCCAAACAUUUAUCCACUGCUUAUUCAGCCCUAUAUAACUUUUGUUAAGACUCUGUGUUUUCAGCAUUAUUACAAAAUGCAACCUAAUUACUUGGCAUAUGUACCCUUACUAUAGUACUUUUUUUGAAAUGCAGUAAAUGGACGUUUUCCCGUCCAUUGGAAAUUCCACUCAUGGUACUGUAGAGCUCUGUUGGUUACAUACA